AAAACACGUAGAAACAGAUUAUACCAAUAAAUGUAAGGGACACCGAUCACAUGGUAGACAAUGAACUUAUGGUAGCAAUCCAUUCAUAGUACAAUCUCCAACAAGUUAUUUGUACUAUAUGUGUUGUCAUACAUACAAUGUAUACACUAUUUUGAAUUCUUCUGACGUAUUACUUGAUUGUGACAUACCAUUCACAAAAAAAUCACACAUACCACAUUUAAAACUCUGAAAGACCAUAAGAAACGUCAUUUGUUCCCCUACUCGAUGACGUAUUCCAUUAUUUAUUCAAAAAAAGUUGAUGGAUCUUAAUGUAAGCCCAAUAAUUCAGAAAGAAGCCCAUUAAUGAAACUACUAAACAUUUCUGACGGGCUUCGUCUCGACUGCGAAUCACGUACCGCCACGUGUUCAUUUCUUGUAAGUUUGACUCGCUUGAUUUUUCUUUCUUUUAACAUAAACCGGUGGCGAGUUUGCGAGCGACGGAGAGAUCUGGCGAUGAGUUGCCGGAGAUUCUUCUCGAUCCCGGUCCUUUCGGUGAUUCUGGUGAUGGGUUUGGUCUACUACAUCACACUCUUCGUGUUCAUCGACGAUUGGGUUGGUCUACGAAGCUCCGCUGGGAAGCUAAACGCACUGGUCUUCACCUCCUUGGCGUCUCUCUGCAUCUUCUCCCUCUCAAUUUGCGUUCUUUUAGAUCCGGGUCGUGUCCCUUCAUCUUACGCUCCUGAUGUUGAGAGUUCUAGCUGGUCCGGUAGUCAUAACGGUACAGAAGCAAGGAAGUGUGAUAAGUGCUUUGCUUAUAAGCCUCUUCGGACUCACCAUUGUCGAGUUUGCAGAAGAUGCGUCUUGAAGAUGGACCACCAUUGCGUAUGGAUAAAUAACUGUGUUGGCUAUGCAAACUACAAGGCUUUCUUCCUUCUUGUGUUUUAUGCAACUGUUGCUUGCAUCUACUCCACUGUAUUGCUGGUUUGCUGCGUUUUCAAGAACGGGGAAUCAUACGCAGGAAAUGUUCCACUAAAAACUUUCAUGGUUGCUUGUGGGGUCUUCAUGAUUGGACUAAGCAUAACACUCGGGACUCUCCUUGGUUGGCAUAUCUACCUGAUCGCCCACAAUAUGACCACCAUUGAGCAUUAUGAUUCAAAGCGGGCCUUAUGGUUAGCUAGAAAAUCAGGACAAAGCUAUAGGCAUCAAUUCGAUCGUGGCGUUUACAAAAACAUCACCUCGGUGUUAGGGUCCAACAUAAUCAAAUGGUUAUGCCCAACAUUCACUAGGAAUACUGAAGAUGGUAUCAACUUCUCUGCGUCUAGAGACAGCUAGCUAUUCAUCAAUUGUAUACACACUUGUACAAAAUUUUGAAACAAAGUUCCUUAGUCUUUAAAGAUUUUCUGCUGUAAUAUGAAUAGCCUUGAGAGAACUCUCAUGAUCGUCUCAAAAUUGGGUUUUA